CGGGAAAGCUUAUGGCUGUUUCAUGUGCUUAGCUCUUGGGCGACGAACACGCGGGUUUCAUCCGAGGUACACAUUCGAGCUACGGCCCUCAGGCUGAUGGAAAGGCUGAGCAUAUGGGGUUUUGAGGCCGCCCAAGCUCUUCGCAUGUACAGCAUGCAUAAUAUGCUCCAGUUAGCGUUACGGCGGUGAUUUCAAUCAGCGUUGGACCCUCCUUGCGCCUGCUCGAAGACUUUACGCAGCCAAUUUCAACUGCUGCUGGUGUCUGCACUUCCUCCCUAGCGGUCCCAUCCUACGUCUACAUCAAUUCCAAGAGCGACCAAUCAAGAAUAUCCAAGAAUAUGGCGAACGCCAGCUCACUGACCAACACCACGCUUACGAGCGUCAACUCCACGCUCGCAAGCAACCUGACCCUUUGCGCGCACAAGGCUCUCUAUCUAGCCCAUGCUAGCAACAAAACCGUCGGCGCGAUCUGGGCUGCGUCUUUCGUCAUAGGGUCCUACUUCCCCGGCAUCUACCUUGUCGCCUGCGCCGCAUUCGGCUAUUUUGACGACGCAGACCGCUACCACUUGUUCGGCAGCGUCGUGAGUCCACUGGCGACUGGAUUCUUCGUGCUGACUUUGGUCAGUAUCAUCCUGGCCCAGCAGUGGGGAGAUUACUGCAAAGCUGGGUCUAGUCACAAAAGUGACGCAGGAACGUGGGCGGUGCUGGCAAUAUUCGUGCUGGUUCCCCUUGUUGUUAUGAUUGUGCUCAGUGCUUCGGUCUUGGUGGGGAGUGUACAUGGGAUAUGGAGCUCAUACGGUCGACAGGUGCGAUGGUGGCAUCCGACACUGCGAGUGCGCUUGCUGCAACGACGACGCGCCAGGACUGCCUCUAAGAAGGAUGGCGUUGCGGUUAGCGGUAGUUCUGCCCAACUCGCCAACGACGGGGUUUCAGAAUCGCAGUAUCAGCUCGCUAGCGUCGACGGCGCCUCUGCUGCAAGUCGCGAGCUUGAGGAUGGGGCUGUCGGAGCUCACUAUGGGGAACUUUUGUUUCCGCACAUAAAGGACACCGCUGCUCCGCCGCAGUAUACGCCGUAGUGAGGCGAGUGGCACGGUUACUACACGCAGACGCGGCUUUAGGUUCGUUAG